GUUAGGUAAAUUUAGCUCAUCUCAUUUUGAAAUCCUGAGUCCGUCAUGUUCACUAUAAAUACCAUACCAUACCAAAGCUUGAGCUCUCACAAUCCUCCACACUCCCUCAAGUAACCCGCUAAACUGUGACGUUUCCUUAACACUUUAGGCGAAAGCAAAAGUAGAAGAUGAAGCUCUACUUUCUACUUCUUCUUCUUUUCUUUUAUUCUUCUUAGCUCCUCUUUGAUGGAUCCAGCCAUGGCUCAAGCUAAAUCAGGAGAUUGCUGUGACAAUUGCUCAAAGACGUGUGAAGUUCAAGAUCGAUGCAUCAAGUAUGAAGAGUGCAAGUGUCUGUCUUCUGGCACUUGUGGCAACAAGCAGUGCCCUUGCUACAAGGACAAGAAGGGAUAUUGCAGUGACGAGUGUUCAACGAGGUGUGCAGAAGCAGGAGUCCAAGAUCGAUGCAUCGAGUAUUGUGGGAUAUGCUCUGAAGAGUGCAAGUGUGUGCCUUACAGGAAUUAUGACAACAAGCAUGAAUGCCUUUGCAACAAGAACAAGAAGGGAUAUUGUAGUGACAAGUGCUCAACGAGGUGUGCAGUAGAAGAAGUUCAAGAUCGAUGCAUCAAGUACUGUGGAUAUGCUCUGUCUCAACAAGCAUGAAUGCCCUUGCAACAAGAACAAGAAGAACAAGAUGGAUUAAUAAUGUCUAUUGCCAAUAUCUAUACAUUAUUAAUUAUGUUAUUAUCUUGCUAGACUCACAAUCAUCUGGAUUAAUAAUGUCUAGUUUUGCCAAUAUCUUAUUUUUAUUCCAAUGUAAUUUUCAUAUGGAGAUCAAUUUUCAACAUAAAGCUGACCUAAAUAACCAUAUUCUAAUAAAAUUUCUGCAGUAAU